UUUGCAAUAAAAACCUUUAAAAUAAUGGAAGAAUUGUACGAAGCCAUCAAAAAUUGUGAAAAUAUUUUAUAUCGCGGAUUUUCCACAACAAAAUCAUCGAAUUCUGAAUGGUUAAAUAAAUGUUGUGGAUGUUUCUCGCAUUUGUUGAAACUUUUACACGAAAUUAUUGUUGAUGCAGCAAAAAGCGAACAACGACAGACAUUAAUUGAAAAUAUUUUCUUGUGUAUCAUGCAAAUCGUCACCGGGAUCAAGUUCAUGGAGCAAGUUACGGACAUCGAAGAGACGAAAGACUUGGUUUUGACGUCUUCGCGUCAAUUUUUCUUAGACGAAAUCCUGAAAAGUCUCCAAAAUUUGAAAGAAGUGGCAGAAAAUAUUGAAAGCAAGUGUUUUCCAGCGAUUGAACCGACGUUAAAUGAGUGUAUUGACACCGUUUUGGAACUUUUAGAGCCUUUGUGUACCUUUGAGGAAGUCGAAAAUGUCGCUGAAAGGAAUGCAAAUGCAAUGAUUUCUGUCGCUAAAAUCAAGCCACUUGUGGAAUCAAUCGUUUCUCAUACUCUGGACUUCUCAAAUGUCUGCAUUUCCGAAGAUAAAACCCCAAUUUCGGUCAUGUGUCAAAAAGUCUUGAAGGAAUGUCAGGCCUUGGAGGAGGAAUGUUCCCUUUCGGACCCGAAAAAGCCUCCAAAUGACGCCAAUCGACGAUUAAAAGCUGAUAUUUUGGAAGCAGCGAUGUAUCAAUUGGAAAAUUUGAUUAACGAUGCGUUGUUGCGACUCGUUAUCGAUACUUUUAAAGAUUUAAAAUGUUUUUCCGUGAAAAAUUUGCUUGAAGACAGCAGUGAAGUUGAUCCGCAAGAAAUAAUUGACGGCAUAAUUGAUCGCUUGUUCCAAAUUGGGCGAUUCGGAAUCAUGUUUGCGGAUGAAAUGAAAGUAUCGGCAUUAAUUAAACAUUCGUUGAGUGCAUUUGAAGCCCUGGAAUCCCACUUAAGUCCGGGAAUUUUGAAGAAAUACGACGAAAAUCACAGAUUCUUAUUGGAAUCGCAUUGGAAUGAGCAAACAAGUCUCUUGCAAUCGAAUAUUCAGAAAAUAAUUGAUACAAAAGCCAUUUGUUCGACCUUUGAAGAGAUCCUGGAUGCAACGGUGACGAAGUUGAAUCAAAAUUUUGACGUGGCAGAGAUGAAAAAUGUGCUCGUUAAAGCGAAUGUCUUAGCAGAUCAUUUCCGUUUGAACUUGACUGACGAUUCUAUGAAGCAAUUAUUGAAGGAUUUUCAUCUCAUGAUGAAAGAAUGUCAUGCGGCGCUAAAUUUUGUGGAUAAAAUCGACUCAAAACGUCUCGUGAAACGAUUAAAAAUCCUGAAAACUACCGUGAAAAAAAUCCGUGAAGGCCUAAAACCGCAAAUAAUUCACGUGGAGUCCACAAAAGAAGAAGAAGAAGGCACUCCAGUCAAAAAGCAACGCAUUUCAUCUCCAAUAAAAUUACUUCCAGAUGUCGAAGAACUAAUCAUCAUCGAAGAAAAAUCCCUCGUAAAACCACAAAAAAUCGAAACAAUUAAAAAAUCUCGUCAAACGAGCUACAAAUUCGAUGCAAACGUCUCGAAAAUCAUUCAAGAUGCGAAAAAUAACAGCACUCGGAAUAAUGGCACUCGAACGUUAAAGCGGAACAAAAGUUUGCGAAGAAUGGCGAUGCGAAACGUGGAAACUGCCAAUUUUGACAUGAAGAUGCCGGAAGACAAGAGUUUGAGUCUUCAUAUCACAGAAAUAUUGGAAAAUAUAACAAAUGUCUCGUCCACGUUCUCGAGCAAGCGGCGACAUGACAUUGAAAUGUCUCGUAGCAACAAAAUUCGUAUCCACAUAAUCGGUGAUGUCUAAUGUGUUUUUGUUUUAAUGUUUUUUUUUUAUUAUUUAUUAGCUUUUAUUCACACGUGAUCGCUUAUUUUAGGCGGUUGAAUUUAAUUAUUUCGUAUUUUUAUCACUCCUACUUUUGUUUUUGUUGAAAAAU